AUGAGUGUCGACAUUGGAGGGCUAAUCGCAAUCAUCUUGUUCUACUUGAUCAUCCUAGCCAUUGGAAUAUGGGCAGCCUGGAAAAAUAAAUCAAAACCAAGCCAUGGUGAACUACUUCGAAAUGAAAUUAUUAUGAUAGGACGGAGAGACAUAGGUUUAAUUCUUGGUAUUUUUACUAUGACUGCCACAUGGGUUGGUGGUGCUUAUAUUAAUGGUACAGCAGAGGCAGUCUAUGUUGUUGGACAUGGAUUUAUAUGGACACAGGCUCCCUUAGGAUUUGCAGUAAGUCUUAUCAUCGGCGGUUUGUUUUUCGCUAAAACAAUGCGUUCAAGAAGGUAUGUGACUAUGUUGGACCCCUUUCAGGAAACCUAUGGUGGAAGGAUAGGUGGCCUGAUGUUCAUCCCUGCUGUCAUGGGAGAGCUCUUUUGGUCAGCAUCUGUUCUGUCUGCUCUUGGUUCAUCAUUGAGUGUAAUUUUCGAAAUUGAUGUCCACUUGGCCAUUAUUAUUUCUACUGUGAUAGCAGUUUGUUACACUCUGAUUGGCGGUUUGUACUCAGUCGCAUAUACAGACAUGGCUCAACUAUUAUGUAUCUUUGUAGGAUUGUACAUGAGCCUGCCUUUUGCUGUUUUGAAUCCUGCGGUCACAAGUAUUGCCAUCACCGCUACAGAGUAUGUUUACCGUGAACCUUGGCUUGGAUACAUAAGCCCUGGAAAUGCAUGGAUUUGGGUUGACAAUUACAUUCUGAUGAUUUUAGGAGGAAUUCCUUGGCAGGCAUAUUUUCAAAGGGUACUUUCGGCCUCCACAGCUACUCAAGCACAAAUACUUUCCUUUGUGGCUGCUUUCAGUAGUUUAAUACUGGCUCUCCCAGCUGUAAUCAUUGGCGCAGUAGGAGCAUCAACUGACUGGAAUCAGACAAACUAUGGUCUUCCAGAUCCUAUGGGGAGAAAUGAAACUCAGAUGAUUUUGCCAAUUAUACUGCGGCACCUUUGUCCAAGUUAUAUUGCAUUUUUUGGCCUUGGAGCAGUUUCUGCUGCAGUGAUGUCAUCAGCUGACUCUUCCAUCCUAUCAGCAAGUUCCAUGUUUACUAGGAAUCUUUAUCAUGGUGUACUUAGGCGUGAAGCCACAGAUAAUGAACUGGUGUGGGUAAUGAGAGCAGGCAUCAUUAUGUUUGGAUCAAUAGCAGCAGGAAUGACAUGGAUGUCCACUUCUGUCUAUGGGUUAUGGUACCUAAGCUCGGAUCUCAUCUUUGUUCUGCUUUUUCCUCAGCUGGUAUCCGUACUGUAUAUCAAGGGAACCAAUGUUUAUGGUUGCCUCACUAGUUACAUCUUAGGUAUUUUUCUCCGCAUUAGUGGUGGUGAACCGUACCUACGAUUACAACCAUUGGUCUGUUAUGCUGGAUGCUAUUUGGAUAUCACAUUUCCAAGUGGACCAAUAUAUAUCCAAACAUUUCCAUUCAAAACUUUGUCGAUGUUGUCAUGUUUACUGAUGAACCUCAGUGUUUCAUAUCUGACCAAACUUCUCUUCGAUAGGGGAGUGUUAUCACAGAAAAUGGACAUUCUUAAAGGCUUUGAUUCACAGUCUAAAAAAGAAAGAAAUAAUAAAGUAGGAUCACUGAACAAUGAUAACACGGAUAUAGUUGAACAGACACCUACAGAUAAAGAAGCUAUGGACCCUUUUAAUACUACUUCUGAAAAUAUGGAACCAAACAUUCAUCAAGCUCAAGUCCAGUGACUUCAAAAAUGGAUGAUUGACACAUGCCUCACUUGAAAGUAAAUUCAAACGUGGAUAUUGUAGCAAAAAAAAAUGUAUUACACCUGAAGCAAAUGCCGAGUGGUUUUGGUUAGGAGCUGUAAUAAAUAAAACAAAACUCACUGAUAAACACGUAAAGCUAGUGGACUAAAAAUCCCAAUUGAGUCAAUUAUUAGCAUUGGAUAUUGUUAGCUAGUUACUAUUCCAGUUAGUUUACAACACCAACUUGCAUUUAUUUAACACCCUUAAGGUAGGACAGCACUCCGAGGCAUUUCCCAGGAGUGUAAUCAGAUGAAAAUUGAUACUAAGUCAAACAAAGAGACAUUGGGAAAAGUGGCUUACUCAAGAAGAUAGGUUUCAAAGGAGAAAAGUAAAGCUUCAGGAGAGAAUUUCAGAGAUUACAGGCUAGAUGGCUGACAACUCUGACAGCAAUGCUAGGAUGAAAGAUGUAAAUGGUACACAAGAGGCCAAAAGUAGAAGUAUCAGAAUUAUUUGUAAAAUGUAGGCCCAAAGAAGUUUAUGGGGAUAGGGAGGAACAAAGCCAUGAAGAAGCUGAACCAUGAGAUAAGGAUUUUAAAAUCAAAGUGUUGCUGGACCAGUAGUCAAUUCACAUCAACAAAUGGAAUGAAUGAGGCUUGAGAAAGGGUUGGAUAUAGGUAGAAAAGUUUAAAAGAGCUUAAUGUUCAUAUAGUGUCAAAGGUAUGAUAUCUGCCAAAAAAAUGUAAUAUUUGAGACUGAAGUUAACAAAACCAUAGAUCAAACUUCCAACAAUACACGGGUGGGGAUGGAUGGAAAAGCAGCGAGACAGGUCAGGGAAAUGAUUGAAGAGGUUAGACACUUAAUUAUGACCUUCUACAGCACAUUUACCUUUGCUCAAUAAAGCUGGAAUUCCUGGAUUUUCAAAAAAAAAUUCUGUUAAUUAUUUUCUAAUCAGCUUUGCUGUU